AUGGAGCGAGUUCAUUUUUAUCAGGAGCAAAUGCUCCCCGAGCUCAAGGAGCUCGAGGAAAGAGGGAUAUUCUCGCAGCCAGAAGCUCGGGCCAUACUAAAGCAAAGGACUGCCUUUGAAUCAGCGCUAAUUAGGCGUGUAGCUCUCAAGUCGGAUUAUAUCAAGUAUGUUCAGUAUGAAAUCACUCUGGAAGCUCUUAGGAAGAAGCGUGCUGCUCGACUCAACAAUACCGAUAAUAAGUCUUCGCUCGCCGAUUAUUGCAUUGUCAGACGCCAGUUCUUCAUUCUCGAGCGAGCAGUUCGCAAGUUCAAGAAUGAUGUAUCGCUUUGGGUACAGUAUAUAGAACUCGCCAGGUCCAAUAAUGCUCGAUCACUUGUUGGAAAACUUUGCUCGCGGGCUCUUUCGUUACACCCUACCUCUCCUUCUCUAUAUAUUAUCGCCGCAUCUCAUGAGCUCGACUCAUCCCUAUCCCCAACCGGUGCCCGUGCGCUCCUUCAACGAGGCCUACGGAUAAAUCCCGAAUCUAUUGAACUUUGGACAGAAUAUAUACGCAUGGAGCUUGGGUACUGUGAGGGACUUCGACGCCGUUGGAAAACACUUGGAAUCGAUCCUAAAACACAGAAUGAGGAAGGGCAAGCAAUUGAUGCAAUUAUUUCGGGAGCGAUUGUCAAGGCGGCUAUAUCGUCUGCGACAGAGUCCCUGCCUACACUGGCACUUCUAGGUUCUCUACAGGCCUUGCUUCUCACAUAUCCCACCGAACUCCGUACCAAGUUGAUUGAGCACCUUCAUUCUGAAUUUGCAACUCAAAACACUGGAUCGGGGCCUUCUGGAGAAGACUUUCGGUGCGGUGCCGUAUUCCUUCGUGCGAUCGUUGAUAUCCCAGCGAGGUCGCUCGAAGAUGGGGCCCAGCUUCCUACUGUUCUACCUCUCCGACCACUUGUAGCUGCUGCUUUCCCUAAAAAGGCGACACCCUUUUGCCAAGAAGAACAAACCGGUGAAUUCGUGAAGCGUAUGCAGAAGGCCAGUGAGGUGUUAUCAUCAACCGGCAGGACGGAUUUGCGUGUUGCUGAGUUGUAUGCGCGAUGGGUAGCUGCUUGGGUAGCGGUUGUAACAGAGGAUAACUUGCGUCUCUAUUUAGUAUUGGCCUUGACUAGACUUGCCGCUUAUCUAUGCAAAGGGAAACACACAUCCCCAUUUAUCCCCACUCUGUCCACCAUUCUUAGGAUCACCCUUUAUCUAAAUAAAACCACGUGCACCGACGAAAUACAGUAUCGUAAACUAUCACAGAAAUUCUCCAAGGCAUGCCCGGAAGAUGCUGGUUUAUGGAUUGCCCGCCUCGAUGCGGAAUCCGGAGCAGCGCAACCGGUAGACAGCGAUCUUUCGACAUAUUCUCCCCCAAGCAUUAUUCCGAAGCCAAUCCAAAAAUUAUGGGAAGAGGCCCGGGACAGGGCUAAGGAACACCCAGGAGAGGAGGAUCUCUUGGUCAAACUCUGGCUUUGGGGAGUUAAUCACUUACCCAAGGACCCGGCAUCUCCACUACGAGCGGAGACUUGGGCUAUCAUACUUCGAGGAACCCUAUCGCAUAGAUCACUCAAUCUUCAUUCAAAACUACUCGUACACCGGUUGUACGACUCAGAGAAUCAGUCCUCAAGCGACCGGAUCACAUUAGCCAAGAAACUGAUUUCCCAGUACCGUCCUUCUGUCCUGUUCUUCGACUUGGCGAUGGAACAAGAGUUCCAAAAAAUUUCGGCCUCGCCAAGCCAGGAAUCGGGAGGUCGGGAGCGCCCAGCCAAGAGGAGUAAACGAUCUGGGUGCGAAGCUUCAGCCGAUUCUACUACUCAGGCCGACAUUGCAUGUCUUACAGCACUCUACACGGCGUGGCGCAUUAUCCCUGAGCAGAGCAUCCCUGCAGCACUCAAGUACGCAAGGGUGCUCUAUCAGUUGGGCGAAGAGAAAUGUGCAGAGGAUUCAAUUGCGGCUGUGGGUGGAUCGAAAGGAGGAUUAAGACAAGAGUGGGACAAGGUCAGGAAUGAACUGGAGUGUCUUGUGAUCGGUGCGGGUAAAAUGGAAGGGACUGAACAACCCGACAAGGAUAUCGCACUGGAUGAUGUAGAGUUCAAUUAG